AUGCAAGAGCAAGGGGUGCUGAGUCCCCACAAGACAGGGCCUCUGCACAGGCCCUGUGCUCACAUCUGCACAGUUGUUGCCACAGUGACCUUCACCAUCUCCCCAAAGCCAUGGGUUCUGAACGGGAUGCUGCUGCUGCCGUGGGCGCUGCUGCUAUGCUGGGGGCUGCUGCCCCAAGCCCAAGGGACAACCCAUAGUCCUCUCUUCCUGCAGAUCGACAUGGAACAACUGGAAACAGGCAUUUCAGCUCUAUUCUUUGAGCACCAGGUCCUGAAGCGUGUGACCAGGAUGACUGUAACUGGAUCCCCAAGUGAGGGUGUGUCUGCCCUAGACCACCUGCCCUUUGUCACAAAGGAGCUUGUGGGAAAGAAGAGUGAGCUGGACCUGUCACUUGUGGGGAACUUGCUCUCUGGGAAGACUGUCCCUGAGCUGAAGAAGCUGCUACAGACAGCUGGGUUGUUCAUAGAAGAUGCCAAGGGACCAGAAGUCACCCUGCAAAUUCUGAGUGACAGCCUGCUGCAGGUCACACUGCGCUGCAAACUGUACCUCUCAUUCCUGGAGAUCCUGUGGCUAGAAGCCAUCAAGAACAUACGCAUUGGAGUACGGCUGGAACAGAUAGGGAACAAGACCCAGGUGGCCUUCGAGGAGUGCCACACACCCCCUGGAAGCCUGAACAUAAAGAUCCUGAAGCAAACAGACAUUCUGCUGCUAAAUCAGCUGCUGAAACUGGUGACUGAUACCCUGGAGAAAGCACUGCCUUUCCUCCUCCAGAAGAUAGUGUGCCCUGUGGCCACAAACCUGCUCAACUUCCUGCUGGAAGACCUGUUACACAUCACUCUCCCUCCUAUCGUCUCGGGUCCCAACGAUUUCCAGUACUAUUUGACUACCACAGAGUUCACAGAGGGAGCCAUCCUGAUGAGAGUGCAGCUUGUAACUCCCUGUGGGCCACACCAGCGGGCCCCAAGGCCAGAGCACAUGGUUCCCCCAUCUCUCCCAGGAUUACCCCAGGACAGCAUGGCCAACCUUGCCUUUUGGGUAGAAAUCUACAAUGAUGUCCUGUCCUGUCUCUACACCAGCCAGGAGAUCUUCGUGGAGCUACAGAACUCCUUGGAAACUGGCCUCUGGGAGCUGAUGUCCCCGAGCGCCCCGCAGUCCCAGUCAGAGGCUCGCAAUCUGACCAGUGGGAGCCUGGGACUGAUCGUCAGCGCCCCGGACCCCCCCACUGUCCACCUAGAUGGCUAUAGGGCCACCGUCACCCAGAAGGGCUUACUGAUGCUACAGGGGACCAACAAUGCCUCCUCUAGUGCAGUUGCCUGGGUGAGUGAAACUGCAGAGAUUUGGUUCCCAGUCUGCAGGCUGGGGGCAAGGAGAUGGGCCUGCUGUGACCAAUCCCACCGCCAUCUGCUACCAGUCUACCAACUUCUCUCCAACGCUGUGCUCUCCUCACGGAGUCAGAAAUUAAAACUCCAGUUGGAGACUCGCGGUGCUGUAGUCACCUUGGGCCAUUAUCCCACCAUCAUCGAGGAUCAGGAAGAGAUCCUGAAGUCCUUGCUCCUGGCGGUCCUGAAGAGGUGGUUCCUGCCUCACCACAACAAGUGGCUCAGACAGCACAGCCUCCCACUGCCCAACAUCAAGGGCAUCUCCUUCAGUCAUGCCCAAACGGACUUCUCUGAGGGCUACAUCCUGCUGGUCAUUCCCGAGUAGCACUCUGCCGAGGGCCAGUCCCUGCCUCCAGCUGCAUAUGCUCAAGACCCCCAAAGCCCACGAUCAGCGACAGCCCCAGUGGAGUGUGCAGCUGUAAUAAAGAUGUUUCUUCUGUGAGUCUGGGUCUGAGUUUGCUGUGUUUCCUGCCAUCUGGGACGCUGGCUUGAAGUGUUUAAAUGAAGGGCAUCCUUCCAGCUCUAGUUCUCCUGUGACCCACCCUUCGGGAAAGACCUCUGAGUUCUGUAGAAAGAAAAAUACAUCACACCC